AUGGCCUCCAGACCCGUGGCGACGAGAGCUUCCUCAAGAUCAAGAACGAAUACACCAGCGCCAACACCGCCGACGACACGAACGACACGAACUCGCGCGGCCUCAAAAGCACCUGAAGAACAAGCACCUGCACCAGCAAGGAAACCUCCGAGCAGCAGAAAACCGUUGAGCAAAAGGGACAACCUCGAGCCGCCCCCGCCUUCAAAACCGAAGGCGAAAGCACCCAGCUCUAAGGCGCUCAAACAGGCUCAAGCUAAUGAAAAUGAACGUGAGGCAAUCAUGGCAUACCUUCGCAUCCGCCCUCGAAUUGGGGAGGAGCCUUCCAAAGCACCGUAUCUUGUCCCAAUCUCAGACACUUCAGUCCGAAUGACAGACCCUAAUGACACACAAAACCGAUCUCAAUAUCGUGCUUCAGUAAUCCAGCCAUCUUCUAUCUACACUUUCUCGCAUGUAUUUCCACCGGAGACACAGCAAGUGGACUUCUUUACGAAGACAACACUCCCGCUGGUGAAGGAUCUCCUCCAGGGACAGAAUGGUCUUCUGUUCACGUACGGUGUGACCAACUCUGGAAAGACCUAUACCGUUCAGGGUGGCUCCGAGCCUGGCACUGCUGGGAUUCUCCCCAGAACCCUUGAUGUCAUCUUCAAUAGUAUAGAUGGCCUUCACGGUGACGGAAGGUACCGUCCCGUUCGCCUCUACGGUGUCGAACCCGCCGACGCCUCAGAUUCCGCUCCCCCGCAGAUUAGCUCUGCGCCAGCCGUUGCUCAGGUCCUCCAAUCUCUCGAUGAUCCUUCUGAACCCAAUUUCGAAACCGAUCCGACUGUCGUUGAAGUUGACCGCAACUACGAGUACACGGUCUGGCUUUCUUAUGCAGAGGUCUACAAUGAAAAGGUGUACGACCUUCUUGCCUCGGCCAAAGAUGACGAGACGCGCGUGGACAGCCCUGCUCCACGUGCAGGCCAGCACAAGAUCCCUACCCUUACCCGACAAGCCCUAACUCUGCGACCAUCGCCGCCGGCGGACAACCCCGACACUGAUAUUACUGGGAAAUACAUCUCGGGCUUGCGUCAAUUCAGGGUGACAAGCGCCGCCCAGGCCAAAAGCUUGGUGAAGAUAGGUCAACUUCAUCGACGCGUUUUUGGAACCCUUGCGAACCAAGCGAGUAGCCGAAGUCAUGGAAUGGUCAUCAUCAAGAUCAUGCGAGGUCAUCGUGGCGAAAAGGAUGAUCCCACCAGCCUUCAAAUUUCUCGUCUGACCCUCGUCGACUUGGCUGGCUCAGAGAGGACGAAGCAUACGCAUACCACUGGUGAUCGUCUCAAAGAAGCCGGAAACAUUAACAAGUCAUUGAUGGUCUUGGGUCAAUGUUUGGAGGUCCUUCGCUCAAACCAGCGGAAGCUUGCCAUGAGCCUUGCUCAUGAAGGGGUUGGAGAGAAUGGGCGAAUGGAUACACGGGACGUCAAACGGACGCUUGCUGUCAUUCCCUUCCGCCAUAGUAAGAUGACCGAAGCCCUAAUGGACUAUUUCAUCGGCGAUGGUCGGGUCGUGAUGAUCGUCAAUAUCAACCCAUACGACACAGGUUACGAUGAAAAUUCACAUAUCAUGAAGUUUGCUGCUCUCGCUAGAGAGGUCCACACCAAUCCUGGACCUGCACCCGUAUCGAAGCUUCCCCCCAAUUUUGGGCCUGGAAAGGCCAAAGGCAACAAGAUCAAGGAACCAGGGCCGCUAUCUCUGAGAGGAAGCGAUAUUGCUCCCAAGCCGUUCUACCGAAGGAAGGUCACCAUCUCUAUGGGUGGUACGGAAGCCGGGAAGAGGGUCAACGAAGCCAUUGUUGAGGUUGUGGAAGCAGAGGAAGAGGAUCAACUUGACGAUAACGACGGUGAGGAGGGUGAAGAGCCUCCCAACCCUCUCGUUGAUGCUCUAUUCGAAGAAAUCGAAAGACUUCGAAUCCAGCUUUACGAUGCAGAGAUGAGAUGCGCGUUGAUUGAAGCCGAUACUCGUGAAGAGGUGAUGCACGAGAUGGAGGAACGCAUGCGGACAAUGGAGCAAAUGUAUUCGAGGCGGUUGAUGUCCGAGAUUGAGCAAAACAACUUGAAGACUGAUGCAAAGAUUGAUAUGCUGCAUCAAGCAGGUCUCUUUUCUAGUCCAGUCAAGCGCAGCGACACGAUCGAGACACUGUCAGAGGCUGAAGAGGAAGACGUUGAGAUGAGUUUGAUCCAAGAAGAGUCUGACGAAGAUGCAGUCAUGUCUGAUGCUACCAAGUCCGUAUCAGCUUCGCCAUUGGCAAGAAAGGACAAGACUGCCAGAAGUUCCAACCCGUUCAAAAAUAUGGGAACCCAUCCGAUUGGCUCUGAUGAUGAAGAGCUCACAGAGAUUGAAGACAGCGAGCAAAGUGAGGAAGACGAUGAUGAGGACGACGAGGAGGGCACGGAAGAGGAAGAAGAGGAAGGGAUUGAAGAAGAUGACGACGAUGACGACUACAAAGAGAGUCAGAAUCAGUCUGAGGAGGAAGACGACUGGGAGCCUUCAUUGUCAACUAAGAAACGCACACCUGCGAAACCGCGUCCUUCAACCUCCAAGGCAGCGCCUCCUUCUACGACCAGAAAACCAUCUCGGGUUUCCAAAUUAGCGACUGAAAUCGAUACCCUUAAACUCUCCGAGUCAACAUCGAAGAAGGAUGGUCCUCCACCAAAGAAGAAGCCCCGUUCUUCGCUGGACACUGACUCUGAGGAUGAAGAGUCUGACGUGCCCGUCGCGCCUAAAAAGAAGAGGCAAGUCCCUGUUGACCUUUGGUCGUCUCCCACUAAUUAA